AUGUUGAAAAAUUACUCUAGCAUCACUGAAUUUUAUCUCCUUGGCUUCCCUGGCUCUAAAGAACUACACAAUAUUCUAUUUGCCACCCUCUUUUUCUUCUGCUCUGUGACAUUAAUUGGAAACAUGGUCAUCAUCUUGACAGUCUGUGUUGAUAAACGUCUUCAGUCCCCCAUGUAUUUCUUCCUGGGUCACCUCUCUGUCCUAGAGAUCCUGAUCACAUCUGUGGCCGUCCCUGUGAUGCUCUGGGGUCUGCUUCUUCCUGGGAUGCAGGCAGUAUCUUUGAGUGCCUGUUGUGUACAAUUGUAUUUGUACUUGUCUUUGGGAACAUCAGAGUUGUUAUUAAUAGGAGCGAUGGCUGUGGACCGUUACGUGGCUGUCUGUAACCCUUUGAGAUACACCAUCAUUAUGAACAGCCGCACCUGUCUCUGGGUGGUAAUUGUGUCCUGGGUAUUUGGCUUCCUGUUUCAAAUCUGGCCAGUCUAUGCCACGUUUCAUCUUACUUUCUGCAAAUCAAAUGUCUUAGACCAUUUUUACUGUGACCGAGGGCAACUGCUCAAACUAUCCUGUGAUAACAGUCUUUUCACAGAGUUUAUUCUGUUUUUAAUGGCUGUUUUCAUUAUUGUUGGUUCGAUGAUCCCUACAAUUGUCUCCUAUACCUGCAUCGUCUCCACCAUCCUCAGGAUCCCCUCAGGCUCCGGCCGCAGGAAAGCCUUCUCUACCUGUGCCUCCCACUUCACCUUUGUUGUCAUCGGCUACGGCAGCUGCUUGUUCCUCUUCGUGAAGCCCAAGCAAACGCAGGCCGCUGAGUACAACAGGGUAGCAUCACUGAUGGUUUUAGUGGUGAACCCUUUUCUGAACCCUUUUAUCUUCACCCUCCGGAAUGACAAAUUCAUAGAGGCCUUUCGAAAUGUCAUGAAACGCUGCUAUCAACUCCUGAGGGAUUAG